AUGGUUCACCUUCUCGUUUUUUCUCUUCUUUGCAUGGUCGCGCAGGGAAGGGUGGCACAGAAUGCGCAGAUCAUUGGCCGAGAUGCCGAUCUGGCAGAAGAAUACGAUUUCGUCAUUGUUGGAGGUGGAACAAGUGGACUCACCGUCGCCGAUCGCUUGACUGAGGAUGCUAAUGUGACGGUACUUGUCGUUGAAUUUGGCCCUCUUGAUAGCGGCAACGAAGCCGUCACUGUGCCUGGACUGGCUGGUGAAGCUUAUGCACCAUACAGUUUCAACCUGACAAGCACUCCGCAAAGGGGACUUGCAAACAGAUCUUUUCCUGUACUGUCAGCAGCGGUUGUAGGCGGUGGAAGUGUCGUCAAUGGCAUGUUCUUCGAUCGCGGCGGUGCGCCCGACUAUGAUGCAUGGGAAGAGCUGGGAAAUCCAGGAUGGGGAUGGGAUGGAUUGUUACCGUACUUCAUCAAGAGCGAGACAUUCACACCGAAUAGCGAGGCCUUCGCACAGGAGUGGAAUAUGUCGUGGGACCUGAGUGUCCACGGAUCGGACGGACCCGUGCAGUCGACCUACCCGGAGUUCAUGUGGGAAAAUAUCAAGAACUUCUUCCAGGCAUGGACCAGCCUUGGAGUUCCAAUUCCAAAGGACCCGGCAGCGGGAAGCAAAGCCGGCGUAUUUUGGUCGCCCAGCUCCAUCGAUCCCAAAACCAGAACCCGAUCAUCUGCACGCAUAGCGCAUCACGACAAAAUCGCAUCGAGACCCAACUACCAUCUGCUGACCUCGACCGCUGUUACUAAACUAACAUUCAACGAAACAGUCACCACCGGCGUUGAGUACGUUUCGCGUUCGGGAAGUGAGAGUGGAACGGUAAAGGCCCGUAAGGAAGUUAUCCUCGCUGCCGGUGCCGCACACACGCCUCAGAUCCUGCAGCUCUCCGGAAUCGGGCCCGAGGACUUGCUAAAGAGCCUUGGGAUCGAAGUCCUUGUGGAUCUACCAGUGGGCUACAACCUCCAGGACCACCCCACUCUGUACUCGGUCUGGGACUUCGCAAACGACGUCAUCCCCAAUGGCGACUACUUCUCCUCCAACCAAACCUACAACGCCGAAUCCCUCGACCUCUACCGCACCUCCCGCGAGGGGCCCUACACCCUCGGCCGCGGCAGCACCGUCUGCUUCCUGCCGCUCACCAACGUCACCUCCAACAGCGCCGCCGGCGCCGGCACCGACAACUUCUCCGCCAUCACCGCGCUCGCCUCAUCCACCUCGGUCCACACCGCCUACCACCGCGCCGCCAUCCCCCCCGCCAUCGAACGGGGCUACGCGGCGCAGAAGCGCGUCCUCGUCGACACAGUAUACCCCUCCCUCGACACCUCAACGACCGAGUCCUCCUUCGGCGGCGGCAGCUUCAUGGCCAUCGUCAUGCUCAAGCCGCUCUCGCGCGGCACAGUGCUCAUCAACAGCACCUCCAUCUUCGCGCCGCCCGUCAUCGACUACGGCACCAUGCUCGCGCCGUCCGACAUGGCCAUCACGAUCGCGUCGCUGCGCAAGGUGCGCGACUUCAUGGCCGCAUCCGCCAUGCAGGACGCGCUGGGGCCGAUCGUCGAGACGGCGCCGGGGGCGAACGUGACGAGCGACGCGGCGCUGGAGGCGGUGCUGCGGGCGACGCUGAAUCCGUCUUUCGCGCACAUUUCGGGGACGGCGGCGAUGAUGAGGAGGGAGGAAGGGGGAGUGGUGGAUGCGGGGUUGAGGGUGUAUGGGGUGCGGGGGUUGAGGGUGGUGGAUGCGAGUGUGAUGCCGUUGGUGCCCGGGACGCAUACGAGUUCGACGGUUUAUGCGGUUGCGGAGAAGGCAGCGGAUUUGAUUAAGCAGACGUAUCAGUGA